AUGCUUGGAAUUGGGAUAUUCGCGUUACUCCUGCUCAGCACAGCCAAAGGAAAAGAAGUUUGCUAUGAAAGGCUGGGAUGUUUCACAGAUGAUAGACCAUGGUCUGGGACUGUGGAAAGACCAAUCUAUAAGUUACCCUGGGAUCCAAAAAAGAUAGACGUCCAGUUCCUCCUGUACACAAGAGGAAACCCUAAUAACUUUCAAGCGAUCUCUGCAGUUGAAGCCACAACAAUUGGGCACUCAAAUUUUAGUACGAGCAGGAUGACAAGAUUUAUUGUACAUGGAUUUAUAGAUAACGGAGAAGAAAACUGGCUGUCAGACAUGUGCAAGAGGAUGCUUACAGUGGAAGAUGUGAACUGCAUCUGUGUAGACUGGAGCAAAGGCUCAAAAUGUCAGUACACCCAGGCAUCGAACAACGUCCGUGUUGUAGGAGCUGAAAUAGCUUAUUUUAUAAAUGUGCUUACGGAGCAAUAUGGAUACUCUCCAGCCCAAGUUCAUAUAAUUGGACACAGCCUGGGAGCACACGUGGCAGGGGAGGCUGGCAGGAGGAGGCCAGGUGUUGGAAGAAUAACUGGACUGGAUCCUGCUCAACCUUAUUUUCAGGACACUCCAAUUGAAGUCAGACUGGAUAAAUCUGAUGCAGAGUUUGUUGAUGUUAUCCACACGGAUUCAGCUCCCACUAUCCCCUACUUCGGUUUUGGAAUGAGCCCAGCAAUAGGACAUCUUGAUUUUUAUCCAAAUGGAGGAGAGCAAAUGCCAGGAUGUGGGAAGAAUCCUGUUUCACAGAUUGUAGAUAUUGAUGGCAUCUGGGAAGGAACUCGGGACUUUGUGGCUUGUAACCAUUUGCGGAGUUACAAGUAUUACUCGGACAGUAUUAUCUUCCCUGAUGGAUUUCUGGGUUAUUCUUGUACUUCAUACGAUGCUUUUCAAACAGAAAACUGUUUCCCAUGCCCAAAAGAGGGAUGCCCAAAUAUGGGUCACUUCGCAGAUAAGUUCAAAGCCAGAUAUAAAGAUAACAGUUUUGUGAAACUUUACCUGAAUACUGGAGAAGCCAAGGAUUUUGCUCUUUGGAGGUACAAAGUAACCGUGACACUCUCUGGAAACAGAAAAGUAACAGGAUAUGCAAAUAUUGCCCUGUAUGGGAAUGAUGGGAACACAAGGCAGCAUCAGAUUCUCAAGGGAACCCUCCAACCAGACAACACUUAUACAACCUUCAUUGAUGCAGAAGUUAAUAUCAGAACAAUUACAAAGGUUAAAUUUCUUUGGAACAACAACGUGAUAAAUCCGACUUUCCCUAAACUAGGAGCCGCCACUAUCACAGUACAAUCUGGAGAAAGUGGAGAAGAAUUCCGUUUCUGUGGUUCUGAGACUGUGAGGGAGGAAGUUCUGCAAACUCUUACUGCUUGCUAACAACACCUAUGGAUGCCCAAAGCCUUGCUCUCAAUAAAAGCUAGUCAUGCAUGAAAGACUGGAGUCUUCAGUCACUGCAGUUAUAAUGGAAGCUUUACAUACCGAGUAA